UGUUUAGCAUAGGCGGCCUGCACACCCCCUCGGUGUUCUCUGCUACAAUAGUAACUCUACUCUGUAAGAAACUCGAGCCCAGUGAUAAUUGUAAGAGUUAAUUAGUGUCCGUGGUGGAAAGAAAAGCAACUAGAGACUGUUGUGUGUGUUUUUAUUUGUCAUUGCGGAGGAGAGAGGCAACUUAAAAACUGUAAACAAACUAAAGAGCCGCUCCAGGGGCGUCGUGCAAUAAGGUGGACAGCCCAGGUACCGGAAUGGUAAGCCUCUUUCGCUAGAACAUCCCUCCACAGCCCGCCCGCACGCACGCCCACGCCGCCAUGAUGGAGCGUGGUACCGUGCACGUGUCGGCGCCCUCACUCCAUGCCCACGCCCACAUGACAGCGCUGACGGCACCUGCUCUUCCCCAGCGGUCGCCGUUCGCCAUCCAGGAGCUGCUGGGGUUGGGAUCUCAGUCUGACUCUCCCCCGGCGCCUCCUUCGUCGUCCUCCCUGGGGGCCGGGGGAUCCCUCGGGGCGUCUCCUCACCUCUUGUACUCGCGCCAUCCUUUGGCCGCUCACCAGCAACAUCCACUGUUCCCCGACUCUCGGCACGUGUGGAUGAACCAUGCCCUUCUUCCAGGCAUGGGCAUGGGAGGUUUGGGAGGGCCAGUGACGCCCGUCUCCGUCAGCAGCGGGAUGCCCUCCAUGCUGGGACUUAGGCAUGAUGCCCACCCACCUCCUCCUGACGCUCACAGUCCAGGUUUGGACUCUUCCGAUUCUAUGAGCAAGUUGUACGAUGCUCAGAAUCUAACGGCGGGAAAGAAGAAGAAAAAGAAGAGAAGGCACAGCCGGACGAUCUUCACCUCUUUCCAGUUGGAGGAACUGGAAAAGGCCUUCAAGGAGUCCCACUACCCGGAUGUCUACGCCCGCGAGAUGCUUUCUCUGAAGACAGAUCUUCCCGAAGACAGGAUACAGGUGUGGUUCCAGAACCGGCGGGCGAAGUGGCGGAAGACGGAGAAGACGUGGGGCAAGAGUACCAUCAUGGCGGAGUAUGGUCUCUAUGGCGCCAUGGUGCGACACUCACUGCCGUUGCCCGACACCAUCAUCAAGUCCGUGGACAACGGCGAAGAAUGCCCGGCACCCUGGCUGCUCGGAAUGCAUCGCAAGAGUUUGGAAGCAGCGCAGCAGCUUCAGGAGUCUGAACCGGAGGGCGAGAACAGCGACGGAAGGGAGGACAUGCAGCAGCAGCAGCAGCAGCAGCCGCGACACCAGCCCCAAGGGCACCAGGCAUCGGGAGACCAGCCGGGCGAACAGCAGGAACAACAGAAUCGGCAACAGCAACAGCAACAACAACAGCAGCAGCAACAACAGCAACAGCAACAACAGCAAGGUCAUCCGGGAGACCAAGACAGUGGUUUUCCCAGAGAGGCUUCUCAUUUCUCUAUAGAUAAGGAUGUGGGAAGCAGCGCAUCCUUCCCCUCCGUUCGGUCUGAUCCCCCAGCAAGCCUCCACGCCUCUAGAUCGUCGGGGCAGACGGGUCAGUCGCCGAUGUCCGACGACCUGCGCACCAACAGCAUAGCAGUCCUUAGGCAGAAGGCACAGGAGCACGCCGCCAGAAUGAAUCUCAACAACAACCUCGCCGGACUUCACCACACGGAAGCCCUUCAUCACCAUCAUCUCGGGCAUUUUUGAUCGACUCGCCAGUGAAGUAGUUUUCGAAAACCAUUCUGUAUCAUUGUUACACAAAGAAAUAACAUCACUAGUACCAUUACUGCUGCUGCUGCUGCUGCUACUGUGCUGCUACUGCUACGACAACUGCUACUUUCACUACUGCUGCUGCAAAUGAUAUUCCUUCAGUUAUCCCGCCGCUGAAAACUCGCCCAAAGUCGAGCCAUUGUUUACUUCCAGUUUCCCGUCAAAGUUGAUCUUUAAUACCCGACAGAUAAUUAAUAAUUAUGGAAUCCGCCAUCUGUUGUGUAGAGAUUCGUCACUCCUUUUCGAAAUCGAGUUAAAUAUCAAUGCGUUUCAGAGUCAAUAAUCAAUCUCAUUAGUUCUCUUUUAGUGAAAAACUCUUAUCCAGGUAAUUUCGUCGCUUUCUCUAUUAGCUUUCGGCUGUUCAUUUUCUUGACUCCUCAGAAUUCCUAUACUAUAACUGGUUCUGGACAUGAUUUACCCCAUUGUGUUUGAGAUAUAGGUAAUAGUGGGGCGUAGUGUGUAAUUAAUCUCAUAAAUAUUGAUGUUGGUGAUUCAAGUUGCACCAAUUUGCAGUGUUAAAGCACGAGUGUUCUGAAAGUAUGACUUAUUAACAACCUUUUCUUGAUUAUUAAUUUCUGAAUUUGACUUGAAAGUGGUUCUCUCUCUCUCUCUCUCUCUCUCCUCUCUCCU